UCUCUCUGCAGCACACGCAGCGGGUCUCUCCCCACGCACACCAUUCCCCUCCCUCACACCUUUCGCUGUCGGCUCUUCCGCCACCACAUUCAGCACCAUCAUCAGUCUUAUUGCCACCACCACCACCACCACCACAACCAACACGAUCAAAUGCGUUCAGCGUGAUUCAAGAACAGACGUCUCCCGUCUCUUCACUACUUCAGAAUACCCACUAUCCUCAGGGUCACUUCUAUGACGGUUCUUUUGACAAACUCCGAUCUGAAGACGUUGACCAUAUUUUGAAAAGCGUUGAGACAACAGUUAAACAAGUUCCUGGUCCGAUAUCAUACUAUAACCAAACGACCGAAGGAACAACUUUAACUCCGUUAACGCCACUUUACACACAACCGAUGUCGUCGGGUACACUUCAUCCAUACCACCACAUCUUCGACCCUACACCGGGUAUAAGGCUAAAUGGCAUACCGGGCCCUGUGUUCGGUACCGGCGCGGGUGUCCUGUCAAUGUCACCCCCCAGCUACAGCGAUGUUUCCACAGCGUAUCUUUCGCAAGCCCAUUUCAUACCUUCAUCAUCACCCGCUUCUCCGUCGUCGAAUUCAUCGUCAAAUUCAUCAUCGUCAUUAGCAACGGCUGGAGUAGCAGUUGUGCCAUCAUCAUCAUCAUCCAUUUCCACAUCCUCUGUUGCAUCUUCGUCCGUAACAACCGUGGAUAACGUCGGACACAUUGGCUCUUCAUCUUCUCCAUCAUCAACUAAUCUGACAGAGCUGCAUCCCGCAGCCGACGAAAGCAUUGAGAAUCAGCUGUUGUCAGGCCCUCACCUACAACUACUAAGCAGUCAUCAAUCACACGGGGCCACGAUGCACACACCACCUCACCUCCAACCGACCCUCAGUCAACACACAGCCCUGCUACCUUUGUCAUACCUAUACCCAACUGUACAGACUGCAAACUUAGAUUUCGGAGCGAUGUCAUCUUUAGGAGUUGGUCUAGGAAGUGGUCUAGGAAGUGGAGGAAAUGGUGCCGCCGGAGCGGGUGGCGUUGUGGUAAGCAGCGCCAGUGGUAACGUGGGACUGGCCGCACAUAACAGCGGUCAGCGUAUUAUCAAUCCCUACCACAACAAUGUAGCAAUGCCCAGUGUUAUACCUAAUUUGACCAAUUCACCGACUCAUCCGUCGGUCACGACCGGUCAUAUGAGAGCAAGCGCAGGACGUACUUCGGAUUUGAACUCAGUCGAUAGAAAUGGGCGUUCCUACCCUUCUUUUCUACACCAGGAAUGUUCUUGGGAUACAAAUACACCGUACGAUUCCAAGACUCUCCAGGCAGGAUAUUCAAAAGUCGAACAGAUGCAACAACGAUCCCUCAGUAAGGAUGCCUAUACUUUAACAUGGAAAAAAGAAAUUCACGAAUGUGCCAACUGCGGUUCUGGAGACAAUGUGAUAUGGCAGAGUGACACUAGGCACUUCUUGUGCAGGCCAUGCACAGCAAGCAAUGCAGCCCACGCAGCCAGUACCAGUCACACUCUGGAAAAACCCUCGUCAAUGUCAAGGUCAUCAGUGAUGAACCAAUCGUCUUCUGGGAGAUCAGUGAACCAGAACAAUUUCACGAACCAACGAAGAAAUGGUCUUUCCUGUGCCAAUUGUCAGACAAGAACUACUACACUUUGGCGUAGAAAUGCAGAAGGAGACCCAGUCUGUAAUGCAUGUGGUCUAUACUAUAAACUGCACCAGGUGAAUCGUCCGAUGUCUAUGAAGAAAGAAGGCAUUCAAACUAGAAAGCGAAAAGAGAAAAAGAACACCAAAGUUCGCUCCUCAAGUAAAGACAUGCUUAACGAUACCAGCAAUACAUCAUCAUUCGAAUCUAAGACCUCAAGCAGUAGUAUUUCAAGAUGCUCCGUUCAGAACCCGACUGUGCUAGCAGCCUUACAGGGGAACCACCAAAAUAGUUCCCCCAUGCAUCAUUCCUUCAUACACCAAUCACCAACCAACUCUGCUAAUAUAAUCACUAAUAACAGUACGAUUCAAAGUCUGCGAAGCAAUCAGGAGUUCGUUUACCCGCUGCUAUCACCCCAGCGCCAUCAACAGUCUCCAUUAUCAUCAGCACAGCAACAUCAGCAGCAGCAGCAACAACAACAACAGCAGCAACAACACUCCCCGCAGGAACAGCAGCGGCAACAACAGCAGCAGCAGCAGCAGCAGCAACAGCAGCAUCAAGGACAGCACCACACUCUUAGUUCGAACCAUCCACAGCGCCAACAACAGCAACAUCAUCAACAACAACAGCAACAGCAGCCACCGCAACAACAACAACAACAACAACAGCACCACCAUCAGCAUCACCACCAACAGCAGCAACAUCAUCAACAGCAGCAACAACAGCAACAGCAGCAGCAACAAUCACAGCACAUAAUGCUUGAUUCUUUGAUUUAUAAUCCAGCUCCCCCAAGAGCUAUACCCGUGCACAGCGAUAAUGCAGCGGUAGGGACAUCAUCAGGUGGACUGCAUGAUAUAUCCCGUCAUUCUAAUGCUACAAUAUUACAACCAUUUGAUAUGAUGCAGCUAAAAUCAAUGAACAUCAGAAUUUACCAAGAAGACAAAAAAGAUUCUCCAAGACAGUAGCCAUUCAAAAUAAACGCCAUGUUUUAAACUAAAUCCCAUACCAUCCAUGGCACAAUACUUGAGAAAAAAAUGCUUGCAAACGGCAACAUUUAAUUCACAUAAGCUUUUUGUUUUCUGGACAUUAUUUUUUUUUUUUUUCAUUCUGAUUUUCUUCUAUUGAGGAUUUUCUUUUUGUUUUGUUAAUUUUUCAAUUAUUAUUUUUUUUUUGUUUUAAAUUUUUAUUGAUUUAUAAGAUUUUGAAAGAAGUGAAAAACGAUAAAAAAAAAAGAGUUCUUAUAAUAUAUUUUCUUUUUUUUUUUUUUGGUCAGAAUUACAUAUUUUGAUAUCCGACGAGAAUUAUAAUUCUCUUUUAUUUCAUUUUGCUGUGCGGGUCACCGUGGGUAUGACGAAAAUUUCUUUGUUACUCUAGUCUGUGGUCCCUGGUUCUAAUUUUAUUGUGGAACACAUUUUUAAUUCCUGUAUAACGCUAAUGACUGUGACAAUUCCAAGAAUGCUAUCCUGUCCAUUUCUUUCCAAUUCUCUUAGCCUGAAGAAAUAUAACAUAUUUAAUUACGCACAUACACCAAUGUGGUGAAGAGACCAAGAGGUAAUAUAUCCACCAGCUAAUUUGGUGAAGCAGUUUCGCUCCCCAAUUGAAGCGGUUAUUCUUGAUUUUUAACUCAAAUCCACUCAUAAGUCUACAGCUUACCAUUCACUUUUCUCCUCAUAUAUACAGUGCCUUUAUUUCUAACUGAAACAAUAUAAAACCGUAAUUUUUUGAUCCUCACGUAACAUAGAAAGUAAUGUGGAAUCGAACCGAGGUGAUGACUGAGUCCCAUUUCUAUUUGGAAUGCCAAGCUUCAAUUCACUUGUGAAGUCACUGCUUGUCUCAUUAAAUCAACACUGAAAUACUUGAUGAUCUACAAUAAAGAUAUCAAGUAUCUAUUCUUCCUUCUCCCAGUCAAUCUAGCUAUAUAAAAGAUGUUGCUUACCAUUUCGUCUGCAGUGUGAACAGUAGUCAUUGAAAUGUGCUGCACACUACUUAUAGCAAUGAGAGAAAUGCUUCAUUCGUAACAACUUCGUUUCCUUGUAAGACGGAAACUAAAUUCGACCAAGGUUACAAUUCCGAGAAGUAUAGGUUCGAACAGUUUGACUUGUUCUUGAAUGUCUAAUAAAAGCCAAAUCUUUGGAUACCCCUAAAUGGAUAAGGAGAUGAUUCAACGGUAAUCCAUACCCAUAGCAUUUUUUUUUUUUUUUGCUAGACCUCUUUAUCGGAGGAUAUGGACAACUAUAUGAUUAACGUUGUUGGGGGUUGGCGCUUCAUGGUAAGACGUAGGCAGGAAGAUAAUUGUAAAAGAAAUAACUGGUUAACUUACCCUUAGUAGAGCCCCAACCCACCAAACGAUUUAGGCAUCAUAUAUGAAAAAAAUUUUAAAUCACGUUUAUGACGACUCUCGUAGCGUAGUACCAAGAUCUCUUAAAACUGUGUUAAACAAACCGGUUGUGGUUCGCAGUUUUAAACUGUUCAUUUUAUAAUCAUAUUGUUAAUGAUAUUUGAAAUGUCAUACCCGUUAUAAAAAUUCCCUAUUUCUCUCCCCUUACACAUUUUCAAACUAUACAUCAUUUGUAAAGAUUAAGAAUGAAUUUGUAACAUAUUAUUUUAAAUAAAUAAAAAAGAUAUAAA